GGGGGAAGUCACUUUUGAGAUCGGAAAAACGUGCGGUCGGUCAAUCGUCACGUAUCGAAAAAAGUUCGAUUGAUCUCGAAUCUGUUCCUUCGACAAAGAACAUCAGUAUUCUUCCCAAAACCGUUCAAUCCCCAACCCAACACUGCAAGAUGGCUUCCGUGGACCUGACUCGACGAGACGUAAACGUACUUGACAAGAUCAAGGACCCCGAAUCCGACCCCUCGGCGAACGUCCUCCUCGACUCAUCCCUGCCCCGGGAUCCUCACAUCGCUGAUGCCGCCGUCUACGAGCGAGUGAUACAGAAGGAGCGCGAGAUUAUUCUAUCCAUGCAACAGCUCGAACUUCAAUUGGCAGGACUGCGGCCGAGAACUGUAUCUGAACCGGUGCAAGAGUACAAAGGACUUCUCUCGAAGCUGGACGACUUCAUCGAAGAGUAUCCCAACUAUGCCAGCGCGAGGAACAACCGCGUACAGGCGCUGAGGCGGCUGU